AUGCAUACCAACCAGCCCACUAAACAAACACAUCCGCAACUCAUGCAUACCAACCAGCCCACUAAACAAACACAUCCACAACUGGUGCACACCAACAAGACCACUAAACAAACACAUCCGCAACUCAUGCAUACCAACCAGCCCACUAAACAAACACAUCCACAACUGGUGCACACCAACAAGACCACUAGACAAACACAUCCGCAACUCAUGCAUACCAACCAGCCCACUAAACAAACACAUCCGCAACUCAUGCAUACCAACCAGCCCACUAAACAAACACAUCCGCAACUAGUGCACACCAACAAGACCACUAAACAAACACAUCCGCAACUCAUGCAUACCAACCAGCCCACUAAACAAACACAUCCGCAACUCAUGCAUACCAACCAGCCCACUAAACAAACACAUCCGCAACUGGUGCACACCAACAAGACCACUAAACAAACACAUCCGCAACUCAUGCAUACCAACCAGCCCACUAAACAAACACAUCCACAACUGGUGCACACCAACAAGACCACUAAACAAACACAUCCGCAACUGGUGCACACCAACCAGCCCACUAAACAAACACAUCCACAACUGGUGCACACCAACCAGCCCACUAAAUAA